AUGGCACUGUUCACUUCGCCCGUCGGGCUCACAACUGCGUUGUCCCUGUGGGCAUGCUUUUCGUCUCUCGCUACUGCUGGGCCUGUUGUCCGCCGUUCUGAUCUCGCUAUCAAAGACUAUCAUCCGGCACCGAGAGCAUGGUCAAAUAUCGGACCUGCUCCUGAAGACCACUUGAUUCAUCUGAAGAUAGGCUUGUCGCAGGGACGAUUCAACGAGCUCGAACGCCAUCUCCAUGAAGUUUCCGACCCGUCCCACGUUCGUUAUGGACAACAUCUGUCGGCUGAAGAGGUUCAUGAGCUCAUCAAGCCUUCCGACGACACUUUUGCCGCCGUCCACGACUGGUUGGAAGAAUAUGGCGUGGAUCUCGGGCAGUUGAAAUAUAGUCCUGCGAAGGACUGGGUGUCCGUGACACUCCCCGUGCACGAAGUUGACACCCUCCUCAACACCGAGUACUCGGUCUAUGAGCACCUUGACGGAUCGACGUUGGUCCGUACCGAGGGCUACUCGCUCCCACUCCACCUUCACAAGCACAUCAGCACGAUCCAGCCGACCAACUCAUGGGCGCGACUUGCAGGAGGCAAGGAGAGGAAGAACGAGCUCCGGAAGCGUAGCACUGGUUUGGCGAAACGCACGUCUCAUGCCCAGGUUGCCGCUGAAUGGGGACCUCCCCCAGCCCCAAUCCCCCUUCCUACCAACGCGACAGUUGAGGCCGUAUGCAACUUCACCGCAGUGACGCCAGACUGCUUGAGGACGUUAUAUGGCACCAUCGAUUACGAGGUCAAGGCUGCAGGCAAGAACAAGAUGGCACAUACCAGCUACCUUGGGGAAGCUUCGAAUCGAUCCGACAUCAGUAUCUUUUUGUCCAAGUACCGUCCAGAAGCCCAAUCAUAUGCAUAUGAAUUUCCGGAAAUCUCAAUUGCAAACGGUGCUGUUGACAACGGUACAAACGUGGCGGCCGACGCUCUUGACAGAGAAGCAAACUUGGACUCUGAGUACAUGAUUGGUAUUGGCUACCCUACUCCGCUCACGACUUACAACACUGGCGGCGAGCAACCAGGAUUCACCCCCGAUCUCAAUACUCCGACAAACAGCAAUGAGCCGUAUCUGACAUGGACCACGUACAUGGCUGGCCUACCUGACUCCGAAAUUCCCCAAGUCAUUUCGACAUCGUAUGCCGAUGAUGAACAGACUGUCAGCGAGUCGUUUGCCAAGACCGUGUGCAACCAAUUUGCCCAACUUGGAGCCCGUGGUGUGACUAUGCUCUUCGCCAGUGGUGACUUUGGAGUUGGUGUUGAUGGUACCUGCUACAGCAACGUCGAUAACACCACGGCCAUGUUCAUACCCAAUUUUCCAUCAUCCUGCCCCUACGUGACCACGGUCGGCGCCACGAGAAACUACCCCGAAGUCGCGGCCGAUAGGUUGUUGCAGUCAGGGCUGACCUUCAAGAGCGGCGCAGGGUUCAGUAACUACUUCCCUCAGCCCGCAUGGCAAGCAGCUGCAGUUGACAGCUACGUGGGCAGCCUGGAUGGUCUCCACGACGGCCUGUACAACAAAUCAGGACGUGCAUACCCCGAUAUCUCGUGUAUUGGACAAGUCUUCCCUACCAUCUGGAACGGCUCGACGCUCGGGCUUGUCGGAACAUCGGGAGCUUCGCCCAUCUGCGCUUCGAUCUUCACUCUUUUGAACGACGCGUUGAUCUCAGAAGGCAGGCCCGUUUUGGGUUGGAUCAACCCUUGGCUGUACAGCAAGGGGUACGAACUGUUCACCGAUGUCACGAGCGGUAAUUCUUCAGGCUGUAACACAACUGGCUUUCCUGCCACGCCAGGUUGGGAUGCUGUCACUGGGUUCGGAACGCCUUAUUUCCCCAAGCUCCUUGAAGCUUUUGGUCUCAAGAAGGAUUGA